AUGGGGCGGAGGGCGUCGAAGCUGCCUCAGCUCGCGACGAUCCUGUUCGCCGUCCUACUGGUCCUGCCCUCGGCCGCCGUAGCCAAGGCCAUCGACGCCACCAACACCCAGCGCCUGGAACUGCCCGACGGGCUCAUCGGCCCCGAGAGCGUCGCGUUCGACCGCCACGGCGCCGGGCCCUACGUCAGCAUCUCCGACGGCCGCGUGCUCAAGUAUGCCGGCGAGGGCGCCGGGUGGACGACGUUCGCCUACAGCCCGAGCUACACCAAGAACGACUGCGGCGUGACGUCUGAGCUCCCGGCCGUCGCCAGGGAGAGCUCCUGCGGCCGGCCGCUGGGCCUUCGGUUCCACAACAACUCCGGCAACCUAUACAUCGCGGACGCAUACAUGGGGCUGAUGCGCGUCGGGCCGAACGGUGGGGAGGCGACCGUGCUUGCCACUGAGGCCGGCGGUGCGCCGCUGCGCUUCACCAACGGGGUGGAUGUUGAUCAGGUCACCGGCGACGUCUACUUCACCGAUAGUAGCACGACGUACACGCGGGCACAGCAUCAGAUGGUGACCUCGUCAGGAGACUCCACGGGACGGAUCAUGAGAUACAACCGACGGACUAACAAGGUCACCGUGCUUCAGUCCGGCGUGACCUAUCCUAAUGGCAUCGCCAUCAGUGCCGACAGGAGUCACCUCAUCGUCGCUCUCACGGGACCAUGCAAGCUAAUGAGGUACUGGAUCCGAGGGCCUAAGGCCGGUACAUCUGAGCUAUUUACCGACCUGCAGGGAUACCCGGAUAAUGUGAGACCCGAUGGAAAGGGAGGGUAUUGGGUGGCGCUGCACCGUGAGAAGUAUGAGCUCCCGUUUGGAAAGGACAGUCACUUGGUCGCUAUUAGGAUCGGCUCUCAAGGCGAGAAGCUGCAAGAGAUGACGGGUCCGAAGGAUGUCAGGCCAACAGAGGUGGUCGAACGAGAGGACGGCAAAAUAUAUCUUGGGUCCGUAGAGUUGUCCUAUGUGAGCAUCGUCAAGAGUAGCUAG